UGUGAUUCUGUCCGGGCGCAUCGAAGAUGGCUUUGAGUGUGGAUGGUAGUGGCGACAUCAACCAGCGUCCUAAUUCAUUCACCGAGGCUAUUGUAAAGAAUUAAAGGAUUAUCUUGCGUCGAUAAGUGAAGUCGGAGAGGCGGCAGAAAAAGUAGUCGCGAGUAGCGUUCAUACGCUCGUCGUACUACGGACGGUUCGCUUCCCGGUGCGUGUUUUUUUUUUUUUUUUUUGCUCUCCCCCUGGUUGAUUCCGAUAGCUAACUAACUGACACUUAAACGACAAAUUGUGUAAAUAUUAUCCACAGCUAAGCUAACCUAACCACUGCUGGUUAAAAAAAUGGCCACCAUGGAUAAAUUAAUGAAGGCCUUUGAAUCUCUCAAGUCUUUCCAACAACAACAGGGACCGCCGACGGCCGAGGAGACGGCUCAAAAACAGAAGAAAGAGCUGGCCACCACCAAAAAGGACAGAGUGGCCCACUGCAUGACCAUAUGUGAGAACAUCAUAGCCCAGUCUCUGAGCUGUGGGAUUAGAACGUCUCCGGAGUUCCAGAAGCUUCUGGGCAUCGCCAUGGAGAUGUUCUUGCUGUGCAGCGACGACAGAGAGUCGGACGUCAGGAUGGUGGCAGACGAGUGCCUGAACAAAAUCAUCAAAGCGCUGAUGGACUCCAACCUGCCCAGACUGCAGCUGGAGCUCUACAAAGAAAUUAAAAAGAACGGUGCCUCUCGGAGCCUGAGGGCUGCUCUCUGGAGAUUCGCUGAGCUAGCACACCUCGUCAGACCACAGAAAUGCAGACCGUACCUGGUGAACCUCCUCCCCUGUCUGACCAGGAUCACGAAGAGACAGGAGGAGACUGUCCAGGAGACUCUGUCGGCUGCCGUGCCUAAGAUCAUGACUGCUCUGGGACACUUCGCUAACGACGGAGAGGUCAAGGUGUUGCUGAAGUCGUUUGUGGCCAACCUGAAGUCCACUUCUCCUACGAUCCGUCGGACGGCCGCCAGCUCAGCGGCGAGUGUUUGUCAACACUCGAGACGGGCCUCCUACUUCUACACCUGGCUGCUCAACGUCCUGCUGGGUCUGUUGGUCCCUGUCGAUGAGGAACAUCCUAACCACCUGGUCCUGGGGGUGUUGUUAACCCUUCGUUACCUGAUGCCUCAACUACAGCAACAGGACAGGACCACCAGCCUGAAAGGAAGCUUCGGAGUCAUGAGGAAGGAGGCAGACUUACAGCCCACGCCUGAACAGCUACUGCAAGUCUAUGAGUUGACUCUCCACUACAGCCAGCAUGGCGACCACAACGUGGUGACUGCCUCUCUGGAACUGAUGCAGCAGAUGUUCCGGACUCCUCCCCCCGGAGCUACUGCACAUGCUCAUUACGCCCGGCAGCGUUACGCACGCCAGCGUGUUCCGACGGGACGUGGAGAGACGCGCCCACUCCGGCAGCAUCCUGGAGUUCAUUGGCAAGAUGCUGUCGGGGGAGGAGGAGGGGUUAGAGGACGACCCUGAGAGGGCAGAGGUCACCACCGGGGCCUUUACAGCCUCUGUCGCGGGCGCCGACCCCACCGCCCAGGUGGUCGACAUCAUUACCCAGCAGCCCCGCUCCUCACAGCAUGCUCUGCAGCCCGGCGACUCUGUGGACCUCGGUGGCGCCUCCUCGGAACAAGGAACGACUGCC